CAUGUUAAUCAGUCAUGGCUUCAAGCGAUAUACACAAGCUCACAACGCUGGUCAAGAGAUUGGAGGCUGUGACAUUGCGACUUGAAGACCUCUUCACUACUCCAGACACUAUUAAUUCAGCCACUACCAGCACGGAGUUGAAGACUGAACUACUCGACGUUAUACAUAGCUCGCUUGCAUUCACAACGCGAAAUCUUGAGCCUCAACCAACUCAGGACAAUGCCCAUGAAUCGCUACCAGGAUCAAUCGAGAGAUUUGACGAAUUCCUUGAUACUAGCGUAAGCAGAUAUGUACAACUAAGUAAAGAACUUGGUGGUGCAGUAGCCAGGCAGGCGCAAGGUGUCCAUUUCAGUUUUCAAGAGCAACGCAAAUUUCUCGUCACGGCUUCAAAGACUCCCAAACCCGAUGCUACGGGUCUACAAAGAAUGUUGCGCCCAACACACGAUAUCGCAUCACAGGUCGUAGCAAUCCAAGGGGCCUGUCGUGGCAACGUAGCAUAUAACCAUCUGAGCUGCGUUGCCGAUGGGAUACCAGUACUGGGGUGGGUAGCGAUCGAGAUGAAUGCAUUCAGACACGUGGACAAGUUCCUCGAUACCGUACAAUACUUUGGCAACAAGGUGACUGCAGAGUUCAAGGACAAAAAUCCCAAACAUUUGGAAUGGGUCCAGUCAUACUAUCAGAUCUUUCGCGCUCUUUCUGCUCUAAUCAAGGAGCACUUUCGAUCUGGAAUUAGCUGGCGUAUUGGCAGCUAGGAUUAUGUAUACAAGGUUACCGAAGUCGUAGAUGUCUUUACAGAGUCUGGAUCACACUGAAUCUGGUGGUGUACUAUUUGCGGCCCCUGAACUUGGAUAGGGCGUAUGAGCCGAGCUGCGCCACGCGUGUGCCAACCAACAGUUCAGAAUUCAGACAUUAGUUAUUAACUUAGCUAAUCCCAUAUCUCUAAUCCAUGCUCUUCCGCAUAAAUAGCUCCUGCCGAAAGUUGAUAUAGAACUAUGCUUUGACAUAAACGUAUCAACGACAAUAGUGUACUCGCAUUGAGAACAAACACCGGAUCUGAUCAAAGCUGAGAUCAUGUAAUACCAUCCAAUUGAACAAAGGCCGAAUAAAUCGAUCUGUGGUCCAACACUGCUCAACUUCCUUGAAGGAAUUUAAUGCCCCAUUUUUGAUUAUUCACGACGGAUAGCCUCUAUCAGCUGUCGCG